AUGAAUAUCUUUGGCCUAGCACCCGUCGUCAAGUACGGGACAGAAGAGCAGAAGCGACGAUUCCUCCCGCCGCUGAUAGAAGGUAAAGACACUGCAUGCUUCGCCGUCACCGAGCCCAACACCGGCCUCGACACGCUCAAGCUCCAAAGCACGGCGACACGCUCCCCAACUGACCCAUCCACCUACCUUCUCAACGGCAGCAAGACUUGGACUUCGACCGCACAACAUGCCAACAAGAUCCUCAUACUCGUCCGCACAACCCCCUUAAACAUCGUCACCACCAAGCCCUCCCAGGGCCUCUCCCUCUUCUACACGCCCCUCGACCGCACCGCCGUGUCCGUCGCCGAGAUCGCCAAAAUGGGCCGCGCCGCCGUCGACACCAACACACUGCAUUUCUCCGACUGGCGCGUGCCAGCCAGCGACCUCAUCGGCUCCGAGGGCGCUGGCUUCGCGGCCAUCCUGCACGGCAUGAACGCUGAGCGCAUCCUGCUCGCCGGCGAGGCUGUCGGCCUAGGCUUCGCCGCCCUGCGGCGUGCGGCGCGGUACGCGCGCGAGCGCGUCGUCUUCGGCACCCCGAUAGGGGCCAACCAGGGCGUUCAGCACCCACUCGCGGCCAGCUGGUGUGAGCUCGAGGCUGCGCGGUUGAUGGUGAACCGGGCGGCGCAGAUGUACGACGAGGGGUGCGCCACGGGCGAGUAUGCGAACGCGGUGAAGUACUUGGCUGGCGAGGCGGCAUUCAGGGCGUGUGAGAGGGCGGUGAUGGCCCAUGGCGGGAUGGGAUACGCCCGUGAAUUCCAUGUCGAGAGGUGUCUUACAGCAGGGGCGAAAUACUGA